GAGUUGGGUGAUGAACUAUGCUAGUUUUUUCUUUACUUUUCAAAGUUUAUUUAAUGUGCUUAUAUUCUCUUUAUAAUGACAUGGACGUACCUACAUCCGUACAAAUCAGGGAGAAAAUGAGAAUAAGAACAAUAUGAAAACUCUCCCACCUCAUUGUAAGAGUUGGGGAAAAACACAUUUCUAUUUGAGCACUGUUAGGAACCACACAUGAAAGAUUGGUCCCACCUUCAAGUGCUGAGGAACAGGGUAGAGACCAAAUACACAAGCAAGUUUCUGUGACAACAGUUGAAAAGCUAUAGCUGUAAGAGUUGAGUGUUCUGAAUUUUCAGAGUGCCAAAAGGAUAUAAAAUAAAUGACCCCAGCCAGAAUUCAUCUUGACAAGCUUUCUGCACAUAUAAGGUGAGUUUGGAGAGACAUUUAGAAGUAGCAAUGGCCCUCCCUCCACUGGUGGAAGGAAUGGCAUAGGCAGAUUGUGAAGUGGAGCCCUGCUGGUGAUGAAGAAGUGGGUUUGUCACUAGGGAGAAUCUGAAUGUGCCACAUUGAGGGAUGUAAGCAUGUUAAGUUUUCAAUAUUGUCAGAGCUAUUUGAACCAGAGCAACUCCAUCUUGAAUGGAGGCUGGGUAAAAUGAGGCUGAGACCUACUUGUAAGGUUCUUGUAUCAGUUCAAACCCCGAGCGCGUGCCGACAGGCAACAGGAGGCGGUGUGGAGCAACAUGCUGUUUUAAUGAGAGCCUGGGUGCACGCGGGCUGAGGCCUAAAAUGGCGUCAGCACCAAGUGAGGACGGGGCAAAGGAUUUAUAGUCUGCUGUAAACAGGAAGUGUCCUAGUCUGAUGUAACUGCUACAUUGUACCCAGAUGGCCUCUUUCUUGAUCUUCAGGGGUACGUGUCUUCCAGCUGGCCUUCUUCCUGCUUCUGCUAUUUUGCUGGCGCACACUGCUGGCACAAGUAGCCUUGCACCUUGGGACUGGGCCUGAGAAGGGAGGAGUUAUUCAUCCCCUUAAGCUUUCAGGCCCCGGGAAGAAUCUUACAUUCCUGUCUAUUUGGUUAUAGAAAAGGGAAAAGGGACAACUUUCUUAAUAACUACUUCAGGUGGGACAAUAAGGGGUGGUGUGGGCACGCUGGAAAAAGAAAACCUUAAUUUUUAGGUAUUCUUGAGAGAUGGGUUGGUAUUCACCAUGUCGUUGUAGCAGGAGCAUCGCCUGGAUUGUCUGGAAAUAUGUCUGUGCCUGCAAGACAGUUAUGUUGAGAGGACAAGGAGGUGUCGACAGGGAGAAGCAUGGCCUCAUCUGCUGCUUUAUGAAUGAAACACCAUGUCUGGAUUAAGGAGGGGAGGUAAUUCCCGCGUGGCUCAGAGUCUGGUCUGGAUGUACCGACUGCUUUUGGAAUAAAAAGAUUCCCAGGAUGUGAGCAACACGGGACCGCCCCUGAGCUGGUGCCUGUCCAUUCUUGGCCCCUGUGCAGCACUCAGUAGAUGGUCACUGGUUGAGCAGCGUCAGAGCGGGCAUGCAGAGAAGGGCCCCUCGUCUUGCGGCCGGUGCAGGACGCCAUCCUUGCUUCAGGUGAUGCUCCCACUCUGAUAUGAUGCUUCCUGGUGUGUUUAGUGGUUGGUGCCAUUGCAAUUUUCUGUGCUGAAAUCAUUCUGAAAACUCAAAACAGUAGACUUCAGCACACAAGGAAAGCCAAAGCCAUUUGAGGGGGAAUAAAGCCAAAAGCCUUUCACCUUAUUCGUUCCAAGAAUCUCACCACGCCCUCCUUAUCCCCCUCCAAAAAUAAGCCAUUGCACACAGACAGGCAGCAUGGCUAGCAAACGAAAAUCUACAACUCCAUGCAUGGUUCGGACAUCACAAGUAGUAGAACAAGAUGUGCCCGAGGAGGUAGACAGGGCCAAAGAGAAAGGAAUCGGCACACCACAGCCUGACGUGGCCAAGGACAGUUGGGCAGCAGAACUUGAAAACUCUUCCAAAGAAAACGAAGUGAUAGAGGUGAAAUCUAUGGGGGAAAGCCAGUCCAAAAAACUCCAAGGUGGUUAUGAGUGCAAAUACUGCCCCUACUCCACACAAAACCUGAACGAGUUCACGGAGCACGUCGACAUGCAGCAUCCCAACGUGAUUCUCAACCCCCUCUACGUGUGUGCAGAAUGUAACUUCACAACCAAAAAGUACGACUCCCUAUCCGACCACAACUCCAAGUUCCAUCCCGGGGAGGCCAACUUCAAGCUGAAGUUAAUUAAACGCAAUAAUCAAACUGUCUUGGAACAGUCCAUCGAAACCACCAACCAUGUCGUGUCCAUCACCACCAGUGGCCCUGGAACUGGUGACAGUGAUUCUGGGAUCUCGGUGAGUAAAACCCCCAUCAUGAAGCCUGGAAAACCAAAAGCGGAUGCCAAGAAGGUGCCCAAGAAGCCGGAGGAGAUCACCCCCGAGAACCACGUGGAAGGGACCGCCCGCCUGGUGACAGACACAGCUGAGAUCCUCUCGAGACUCGGCGGGGUGGAGCUCCUCCAAGACACAUUAGGACACGUCAUGCCUUCUGUACAGCUGCCACCAAAUAUCAACCUUGUGCCCAAGGUCCCUGUCCCACUAAAUACUACCAAAUACAACUCUGCCUUGGAUACAAAUGCCACGAUGAUCAACUCUUUCAACAAGUUUCCUUACCCGACCCAGGCUGAGUUGUCCUGGCUGACAGCUGCCUCCAAACACCCAGAGGAGCACAUCAGAAUCUGGUUUGCCACCCAGCGCUUAAAGCAUGGCAUCAGCUGGUCCCCAGAAGAGGUGGAGGAGGCCCGGAAGAAGAUGUUCAACGGCACCAUCCAGUCAGUACCCCCGACCAUCACUGUGCUGCCCGCCCAGUUGGCCCCCACAAAGGUGACGCAGCCUAUCCUCCAGACGGCUCUACCGUGCCAGAUCCUCGGCCAGACUAGCCUGGUGCUGACUCAGGUGACCAGCGGGUCAACAACCGUCUCUUGCUCCCCCAUCACGCUUGCCGUGGCAGGAGUCACCAACCACGGCCAGAAGAGACCCUUGGUGACUCCCCAAGCUGCCCCAGAACCCAAGCGUCCACAUAUCGCUCAGGUGCCAGAGCCCUCACCCAAGGUGGCCAACCCCCCGCUCAUGCCAGCCAGUGACCGCAAGAAGACAAAGGAGCAGAUAGCACAUCUCAAGGCCAGCUUUCUCCAGAGCCAGUUCCCUGACGAUGCCGAGGUUUACCGGCUCAUCGAGGUGACUGGCCUUGCCAGGAGCGAGAUCAAGAAGUGGUUCAGUGACCACCGGUAUCGGUGUCAAAGGGGCAUCGUCCACAUCACCAGCGAAUCCCUUGCCAAAGACCAGUUGGCCAUCGCGGCCUCCCGACACGGUCGCACGUACCAUGCGUACCCAGACUUUGCCCCCCAGAAGUUCAAAGAGAAAACACAGGGUCAGGUUAAAAUCUUGGAAGACAGCUUUUUGAAAAGUUCUUUUCCUACCCAAGCAGAACUGGAUCGGCUAAGGGUGGAGACCAAGCUGAGCAGGAGAGAGAUCGACUCCUGGUUCUCGGAGAGGCGGAAGCUUCGAGACAGCAUGGAACAAGCUGUCUUGGAUUCCAUGGGGUCUGGCAAAAAAGGCCAAGAUGUGGGAGCCCCCAAUGGUGCUCUGUCUCGACUUGACCAGCUCUCCGGUGCCCAGUUAACAAGUUCUCUGCCCAGCCCUUCGCCAGCAAUUGCAAAAAGUCAAGAACAGGUUCAUCUCCUGAGGAGCACGUUUGCAAGAACCCAGUGGCCUACUCCCCAGGAGUACGACCAGUUAGCGGCCAAGACUGGCCUGGUCCGAACUGAGAUUGUGCGUUGGUUCAAGGAGAACAGAUGCUUGCUGAAAACGGGAACCGUGAAGUGGAUGGAGCAGUACCAGCACCAGCCCGUGGCAGAUGAUCACGGCUACGAUGCCGUAGCAAGGAAAGCAACAAAACCCAUGGCCGAGAGCCCAAAGAACGGGGGUGAUGUGGUUCCACAAUAUUACAAGGACCCCAAAAAGCUCUGCGAAGAGGACUUGGAGAAGUUGGUGACCAGGGUAAAAGUAGGCAGCGAGCCAGCAAAAGACUGUUUGCCAGCAAAGCCCUCAGAGGCCACCUCAGACCGGUCAGAGGGCAGCAGCCGGGACGGCCAGGGUAGCGACGAGAACGAGGAGUCGAGCGUUGUGGAUUACGUGGAGGUGACGGUCGGGGAGGAGGAUGCCAUCUCAGAUAGAUCAGAUAGCUGGAGUCAGGCUGCGGCAGAAGGUGUGGCGGAACUGGCUGAAUCAGACUCCGACUGCGUCCCUGCAGAGGCUGGCCAGGCCUAGACAGGGAAGUCUGUUAGAACCGCUGUGCUGAUCAACAGGAUGCUCCGUCUUUGAAGAAAGAAGAGAUGGUCUCUCCCCAGCCAUGGGCCACCCUUGCCAGUGACUCCAAGUGGAACUACUUAGCUCGCGUGUGCCUGGAGGGUGCGGGAAGCCCAGCGACUCUCAGACGCACCUCCCAGAGGACCGGUGGGAAUUGUUCAUAGUGCCAAAGUCCUACUACUGCGUUUUCAAUGGGUCCUUGUACAUAGUUUGCUCCUCUGCCCUAGCCCUCACCUCUUGCUAUACUGGAACCGAUUUGUACAAUGUGGGAAUUUUGUUACCUUUUUAAUCAAGGGCAACUUCCUUUUCCAGCACUACCAUUGUAAGGUUUUUUUCAGGAGGGAGGGCUAACCACCUUGCUUUUCUCUUUUCUCUUUUUCUUUUUUUUAUUUUUGUUUUAUUAAUUUGGGGAAAGGGGUGUUAGUAUUAGUGCCAUGAUAUCUACUGGAUUUUAAGUAGGGAGACUUUAUUUUUAAAGGUAGGUUGAAAUUUGGGAGAUUUCUCGGCAGGAAGGGCUGAAAUCCAGGCCCCUGUCUCGACUUGGAGAGAGGUGACAGACGGCAGAUCUUCCAAAUCAAAUUCCUUUCCAGUUCUUGCCCUGGCUGCCUUUUUGGGGGUCCCUGCCUUAGCCCCACACAAGGCUUUCUGAACUGCCAAGAGGGGAUCUGGCUUCUCAACUGCUUGGCCUCUUGGGCCAGGCUGUGCCCAGCCAGCCUUGGGAGAACUGGAUAGCAGGUGGCUGACUUCUUUAAGCACCUUUCUAAAUACCAGCAGAAGAGGCUCCCGCCUCUGUUAGCAUGAUCAGUACUAUUGUGACAUUAAAACACCAACAAUAAGAUCUUCCUAUCUGGAGGGUACAGAGGUGAAUGGCUUUGGUUUUCAUUUCUCUUCUUCACUGCCUUUUCUCGGUGUGGUAUUUGACAAGAUUUUAGCUCAAAGCCUCACCAUGAAUUGAUUUUUUUUGUUUGUGUGUGUAUUUGUUUUGGGACAAUUUUAGAUACCUGAGUGCACUUUUUCAGUUAGUCCUAACUUUUAAAAGAAGGAAAACCAAGAGACAUAUCUGGUGUACGUGUUGCAGUAUGAAUUCUGGUUGCAAUCCCUCCCCCUCCCACACUGCCCCCCAUUUGAGUACACCGCACAAGUCAAACGCUAGGAAGUUUGAAUAAAACCAAUUUUUCUAACUUGUUGCUCAUUUGUUGUAACUCAAUAAAGCAAAGACUAAACAUUUUUAUAA